UAUAGCUAGUAUAUAUUCCUCUUGGCUCUUGUCCUCUGGCUAUUAAUAAACUGUGGACUAACAGAUGGAACUCCCAGCACCAGAAAGAAAGAAGAAAUCUUAUCUUGUUUUGUUUGAUUCCACUCAAUCCUCUAAAUUCAGCAGCAGCCAUAACUCAGAAACAAAGAGACAGAAAAAGAGAAGAAGGUAGAACAACACUGGGCGCCAGAUAGCCGCCGCCCGAGGUAGGGAGAGAACGGGAAGAGAUGGGAAUGGCGGCAUUGAAUGUGGCGUCAUCACCGCCGUCGCCACUCUGCAGCUUCUCUUCCAUACACAGUCUGAACAACCAUGAUUAUUAUAAUAUUAACCAUGCAAAUUGCUUACAUUCUGCAAGUGAAUGGGUCUCCACUAAGGUUAACAAGAAUAAUUGUAAAUUCCUUCCGUUCCCUUGUUCUUAUCAUUCCUCUGUUCCAUCGACGAAACCCAAAUCCGCAGUCUCUCGGAUGCCAAACACCUUUGGAUGGUUUUACAUCACCAGGCGUUCUUUCUGAUGCGAUAUGCAGGUGGCCAUGGAUGUUCGUGGAUUCAGGGCAACUCCAUUCACGUGCAUCAGAAUCCCAUUUCCAGCAAAAACUGGAGAAGGGGUUCAGUGGAUUCAGCUUUCCCAUCUGCGCCUGCAGAAGUUGCUUCUGUGCAGAACUUUUUCGAGUACAUAUGCGCAGGUCCACUUAUUGGCAAGAUGGGUUUGACUUCAGAUACAAUUGCUGAGUCCAUUGACAAGUGGAUUCUCUAUGGAUCCCUCUUGAGCCGGUUGUUUCAGCUCAAUGACAUGCACCUCACUGAUCCUCAGAAAAAAAGGUUUUACCACUACUAUAUCCCGGUUUUUUUAUGGUGUGAGAAUCAGAUUUCCAAGCACGCUUCCCAGUUCAAAGAUGGAGAAGACAUACCUCCCCUAGUGAUUGGUUUUAGUGCACCUCAAGGUUGUGGAAAGACUACUCUUGUUUCUGCUCUUGCUCAUCUCUUUGAUGUCACUGGAAGGAAGUCCGCGACAAUAUCAAUAGAUGAUUUCUAUUUGACGGCAGAGGAUCAGGGUAAGCUGAGAGAAGCAAAUCCGGGAAAUUCACUUCUAGAGUUACGUGGAAAUGCUGGGAGCCAUGAUCUUCCAUUCUCAGUUGAAACACUGACUUCUCUUUGCAAAAUGACUAAAGAAGGUAUGAAGAUGAAGUUACCCCGCUAUGAUAAAUCUGCAUAUAGUGGUAAAGGCGAUAGAGCUGAUCCUUCUGCCUGGCCAGUUGUUGAAGGACCAUUAACGGUGGUUCUGUUUGAAGGUUGGAUGCUUGGGUUCACACCCCAACCUGUAGAAGCUGUUCGAGCUGUUGAUCCACAGUUGGAGAUAGUGAACAAGAAUCUCGAAGCAUACUAUGAUGCAUGGGACAAGUUUGUGGAUGCUUGGGCAGUCAUAAAGAUCCAGGACCCAAGUUGUGUUUACCAAUGGCGACUGCAGGCAGAGAUUGCUAUGAGGGAAGCAGGAAAACCUGGAAUGACUGACGAAGAGAUUGAGGACUUCGUUUCCAGGUACCUGCCGGCAUACAAAGCUUAUCUACCUGUACUUUACACUGAAGGACCAAAGGGGUCGACUCCUGAGAAUCUCCUGGUUAUUGAAAUUGAUGAAGGCAGGAAUCCCAUUCUGGAGAACUAGCUAGUUAAUAUUAUCAUUUAUCAGGAAGGAAAAAUGCUGCGAACUUGAGUCAAUUUUAUGAAGAUUUCCUUUUUCGUUUUCAUUUGAAAACUCAGGUUUUUGCUAUUCGUUGUUAAACAAUCUAGAAACCUACGAGAUAUGAGUCCAACAAGGAUGGCGAGAGAUCAUUACCCACUAUGGAACCCAUGGUGCUACCCUUUUAGCACCACCAAAUCAUCUCCAACCCAUGGUGUAAAAGGGGGAUAAAGGGCUAAAACAAAAAAUUGGAGCCUAAAAUAGGUCUAGUUCAUGGAGGCUAAAAUUUGGGAGGAGCUAAAAUCGGAACCACUUUAGAAAAGCUGGCAGUCAGUAAUCGUCUGCGCGGCAGGCGCGUGCCGCAUUUUGGCGCACUCCCCGUCCGCGUGGCUGGCUGUCUUUUUGACCGUUGGCUGCUUUUUUUCUUUUUAUUUGCUUUAUGGUUCUUUUUAAACAAAUCGAUACACAUUUGCGGUGCAA